AACCUAUAACACUAGUUUAACGACUUUGAAUUAUACUAGCGAAUGCGGCGGUCGCUUACGUAGUUUGAAUGUAAAUAUUUAAAUGUUGCACAAGUUUGAGAAAUUCAAUUUCUUCAUUUGUAUGGCGUUUCUGGUGGUGUUAAAAACAUGAGUAAGCGUAGACGUGUAAGCCGAGGAAUCUUGGGUGUACCACGCCAGGGACAGAUUUUGUUUUCGUUCCAAACAAGGGAAGGAGAGGAAUGGCCAUCAGAAGAUGACGACUCAGACUUUUCACCAGGAUAUUCAGAUUCUGAUGAAGAAAGAACAAAAACCCCAACUGUUAAGAAACAGAGAAAACAGGAGAGUUCCAAAACGUGUAAACCUGAUGACAGUAAAUCCAUUAUAGCUACCAGAACUACCAAGGGUUUAAAAGGAGUGAGUGAUGUGUCUGUGCCAGGACUUCCCCCCGAGCUAUGGUUGAAGAUCUUUAUCCUGGUGGUACAGGAGGAGGGGGCAUUGCCCACCCUGCCAAGGCUUCGGAAGGUGUGUCACAUGUUUGCAGAGCUUGUGAACAGACCGGAGCUAUGGAGAAAAGUAGACAUGAACUCAGGUCUCUACCAAGGCUGGAAGAAAAUGAACGAGGCUAGGUUUAAAAAAUUCUGUGAGAAAUCCCUUACAGCCUGCCAUAGUCUAAACGUUUCUGGGUGCCCCUUCAUGUCUAAGACAUGGGCUGUCAGUGCUUUAUGCCAGCAUGUCGGUGUACUGCGUUCACUGAACCUGUCCAACUGUUCCAAGCUGCCAGCUGGCUCGAUGGAGACUAUUGUUCGUGCGUGCCAACACCUGCGUGAAUUAGACCUCUCGAACACAACACCCGAUAGUGUUUCAACAAAGACAAUUUCCACAAUAUCUGAGCAACUCGGGCAAAAUCUCACUAGGCUCAGCCUAGCCAACAACCGACUUGAUGGGUUUUCAAGAAUCAUUAAUAUACUUGCGCAAGAAUGUCCAAACUUGCAGCACCUUGACUUGAGUAAUUGCAAAGCACAGAAUGCAAUCAAUAUAGAACAGCUGCAAUCAGCAUUUCCGAAACUACAAUCUCUCUACCUAUCAAAUACACUUCUUGGAUGCAGCCAUUCGACCCGGGAGGCAAUUGAUGCAAGUCAGGGAUUCCCGCUCCUGGAAGAGCUGAGUUUAGCAUGCCAGGAUACUACACUGAUCACAGAAACUUUUGUGUCAAGGAUGUUGAAAUGCUCACCAAAGUUGCGGUUAUUGGAUUUGAGGGGUUGUGUCAAGACUAACGUGGUGGGGUGCUUAAAAGACAUUGAAGCAGAUAAUGUAGAACAAUUGUUUUUGGGCAAAAGUCAGGCCAGCAGCUGUGAGGAGCUCCCACACAUUAUUAGAAAGUAUUGCCCUACAAGAAUCAGAACAAGAAAGUGGCGCCACAGUCUGACACACUUGGAUCUCUCAGGAAUAGUUGGUCAGGGGAGACUAAUCAAGCUGGUAGAUGAUAGUCUACGGGUGUUACAUGCCCGUAACACCCACACAACACUGCAGCACAUUAAUUUGAGUGGUUCGAAUUGUUCAACCACUGCUAUCAGGGAGCUGUUGACAAAUUGUAUUUCAAUUGAAGAUUUGAAUCUAACAUCAUGUCGGGAGCUGGCCAGGGGAAUCAAAAGGGAAUAUAAGAAUCGAAGAGAAAUGUCAAACUUGAAAAAGGAUUUGCAGAAAAAAUCUUAGAAACACGCUGGCGAAGAAAGUUUGGUUUGGUGUUUGUUUUGAUUGGAUUCGAUAACAACUGAAAUUAGAGGUUCAGCACUGUAAUUACUACAUGCAGGACUUUUUUUAAAUUAUAUAUUUUUGUACAAGAUAUUGUUUUCUGUUUUGAAUAAAAAUCGAAUAAACUUGGGUAUAUAAGACUUAAAUUAUCUGCAUGGAAUGGAAUUACAUGUAUUUUCAUUUAUCUUCCCAAGCAAGGGCGGUGUACAUGGAAUUUAUUGAAUAUUAUAUUUUUCAUCCAAAUUGUAAAACUUAAUUGUCAGUUAUUGACCUAGAGUUUCAUUUCUUGAUGUUGUACCAUAUAUUACAGACACACAAAACUGUAAGAAGAAAAAAACAACACAUUUUUCUUUCAAGUGUGAUCUCAGAGCAUCUACCAUCAACAGUCUACAUUGUGCAUGUAUUUACUUUAAACUUGUUUAAUAUUUAUGCAGUUCCAAGUGUAUUGUAAAAAUGUUGUAUUAUGCUUUUAACAAACACCAUUUGUCUUCUGAUAUGUGAAGUUUUCUCUCAAUGUGUUUAAUGUUUUAAUUAUUGAUUAACUGGAUUUAAUUAAAUAAGUCCAUUUAUAUCAGUGCCAGGGAACACCAUCAUCUAUUAUUGCCUGAUAUUUAUCUAGGAUUUACAUGGACUUCAGGUUUAAAUGGAUCAGUUAUAAUUUUUAUUGUCUGGUAUUGAUGAUUGAGUUUUAUACCUGAUUAAACAUUGAAAACUAA